ACCGUUAUCCUGCCUCUUGCUCUUAUCUGUUGUAGCUCUUAUCAAGCGGUUAUCUAUUUGCUGCAAAGACAUAUUACAUUUUGUUUCCUAUCUAUAGCGCCGUGUGGGUUUUUUGGUAAUUAUGAUGAACCUAUCUCAAGACAGGGGGACGGAACUUAAAAGCCCUGUUACUACACCGGGAUACCUUAACUAACUCUGUGUGUCACGUACAGCCUCUCGCGCGCGAUCGUUUCGCCUCCUCCUCAGCGCUGGAAAUACGCACCGAAGCGUUUCUCCAUUGUUAACCUGCCUUUAUCUUGUUUUGCAUUUGCCGGCGUUAUUCGCGGAACUCCAAAUAGUUCUCAGCAAUCGGAUUCAAAAAUGAAAGUAAAGGUUUACCUCUCGGGAAACUUAGAGAUUCCGUGGCGUUCCGCUCUCCGGGAGGGUUCGCCCACUUAAUUUCCUGAACCCCGGUCUAUAAAUCGGAUCCUGGAUGGACCUGGGAGAAAGCAGCUGGUCCAUGGUCAAGAGAGAAGUGUCCAGCAGCCCAGCGUCCCCGGCUGAGCAGAAUUACCUGCACGGCGAGGGGAGAGAGGUCAGGUCGUCAUCGUCAUCAUCGCCACCACCCCCGCCUCACCUGGACGCGGUGGGACCCCGGCGCGCGGAGGGCAGGUCCCUACACUCCUACCUUCACUUUGGACAUCACAACAACAGCCUGCCCAGCUCCGAGGACGUUACACUCUUCACGGAUUUGGACCAGGGCAACAAGCUUAUCAUCUCCAGCGGAGGCCACAAGGGAGGAUUAAUCGUGGACCCCAGCGACAUGUACCAGACCCUGGCCAUCGCGGCGGCCCAGAGCCAGGCGGGCUACGACGCGCCCGCGGCCGGCUACAUGCACUCCACGCCCACGUCCCCGGUGUACGUGCCCACCUCUCGGGUCGGACCCAUGAUACCCAGCCUCCCUUACAUGCAGGGAAGCGGGUCGUCGCAGGCGGGCCAUGCGGUCAGCAGUCACUCGGUGUGGUCGCAGCCCGCCCCGGAGAGCCCGUCCUACAGCACCGGGAGCCCGCAUACCUCCAACCGUUUCCACUAUUCUCCAAGCCCUCCCAUGAACAGCGGGGCCUCCCGGGACAGCAGCUACAGCAACCCUCUGAAUGUGAACGGCAGAGACCAGUACAGCCUCAGCCGACCCCUCAAUGGAUCGUACCCAAGCCCUUACCCCCCCUACGUGGCGCCGCAGCUGUCGACCCCCUGGCCGGCGGGGCCGUUUGACAGCACGAUGCUGCACACGCUGCAGAGCAGAGCUGCCCCCCUGCCCAUCCGUGGACCCACAGCAGAGCUGCUAGACGACCUGGGUGAGAGCAGGGAGUGCGUCAACUGCGGCUCCAUCUCCACGCCGCUGUGGAGGCGCGACGGGACGGGACACUUCCUCUGCAACGCCUGCGGCCUCUACAGCAAGAUGAAUGGGCUCAGUAGGCCUCUCAUCAAGCCCCAGAAGAGGAUGUCUUCCUCAAGACGGAUUGGCCUCUCCUGCGCAAACUGCCAGACGAGCACGACCACGUUGUGGCGCAGGAACGCGGAGGGGGAGCCCGUGUGCAACGCCUGCGGCCUUUACACCAAACUGCACGGGGUGCCAAGGCCACUGGCCAUGAAGAAGGAGGGGAUUCAGACGAGAAAAAGAAAGCCGAAAACUCUCAGCAAAACUAAGGGAUCCUCCGGAAACAGCAACUCCGUCCCCAUGACUCCAACCUCCACGUCUUCGUCCAAUUCGGAAGACUGUGGGAAGAACAGCUCUCCACCUGCUCAGGUCUCAGUCUCUGGGGUGAACUCCUCCACCAUGGCCAGCUCAGCGGAGGCCUCCAGCUCCAGCGGCUCCGUGCCAAAGUACACGGUGCAGGACCCCGGCAUGUACCCCGGCGUGAGUCUGUCCUCCCCAUCCGAAGUGGCAUCCAACGUGCGAGGGGAGCAGUGGUGUCCCAUGGCUCUAGCCUGACCCCGGGACCGAGAGCAGGCGCUUGCCAGACGACCGACCGCAGCGGCACUGAAGCAGUGCGUGCUGCACUCUGUGUGUGAGCUCCAAGCUGCACCCGAAUCAUGAGUGUUUUUUGCUUGUUUUUUUUCGGCUCGGAUCUUCUCGUUUUCCCAUAAUUAAUUCUCGAAGAGGAGCUUCGUGGUAACGUCAACAAAGAGAGAAACCACUUCCCAUCACCAUCCCUCAGGCAAUUUUGUGCAUAAACGCUGAACGGAGGAUUUUCGGGGAUAUCUGACCCUCAUUGACCUUUUGAAAUUCUCCUAUUAAUCUGUGGGAGGGUCCUUUCGCAAACAACUUCUGCGCUCUCCUUAUCCCGCGGUGUACGUUGGAGGAAAUGGUCGAAGUCACAUGAACCGAGAUUAUUUAAUUGGCUAAAUGUGUACAUGUGUACAUUGUGCGUAUGGAUUUCCCCCCGAUUUAUAAAAAAAAAGUGUUUAAUUGGAUUAGUGUGCUCUCUUAAAUAGAAGAGAAAGAGAAAUUCUAACCUUCACAAAACUUCAAUACUCUCCUCAGCAACUGGAAUUGAAGAUAUUAUAGUGCGAAGAAAUCUUUCCUGAAUCAAAGGCGAAAUAUUUAUUAAUCGUUCAUUGUUGAAAAAGUAUAUAUAUAUUGUUUGUUUGUUAAUAAAGAUGUGACAAUAGCAUUAGAGAAUAAAUCUUUUAAUCUGUGUUGUGCUCCUUCUGAAGUAUGAAUGCAUUUCUGUGUCAUCUUGGUGCCACUUUCUUUUGUCACAAAGCACCACAUUAUUUUAUUUUUGUUUUGAAAAACUAUUGUAUUUGAGAAAGAUAUCAUGGUUUUAUACAGGGUAAGAAAAAGAAUGACUUCCAUUGGUUUUUUUUUUUGAAAGUGCAAUUAUUGGUUCUUUUCACAGUGAUCAGUGUUAAAUCGAAGCUUUCCAAUUAAACCAAAAUUAAAUCUAACAAUUAAUGUAAGACAUUUAACAUAAUGGUACUUGAGACUGUUAAAGCUGAUUUAGAAAAAUUUUAGAUUAAAAUCUUGAGGAGAUUGAAAAUUAUCCAUCAGAGCAGCGGGAAAUAAAUAAUAAUAAUACAAUAUACAAUGGCUGGCAAAUUUUAUUAGAACAAGUUGCACUCAUGAAAGUAGUAAAAAAAAAGAUGUUGUUACAUGGUUAAAUGCAGGAGAAGGAGAGUGCUGCGGCAAUAUUUUCUGGACCUGACUUAAACAUUGCUACCUAACUGACAUGUAAAUACUCCAAGACAAUUGUAUGUCUCACACGUUUUCAAGAAACAUUUUUUUAAAAUAAUAGAUGUCAUGUAUAGGUUGAUUGAAGCUUCAUUUUGUCUUUUUUUCAAAAUGCUGUUUCCUACUAUUUGUUAAGCUAAUUAAAAAUAAGACUUUCCUACCAUGAAACUGUUGCCUGUAGUAGUGUCCCUGGAACCUUCUCCAUCCAUGUUAUUGAUUGAUAUUA